AUGACCGCUUCCUCUUCAUCAAGACCACCCUUCCCGACCAUAGCGACCAAGACCUCUUCUACCACCCAGUCCUCUCAGUUGAGCGCUGUGGCCGACAGCAAGCUCGCGUCCGCUCCUCGUUCCUCGUCUCGUGUUCCUCCCAGCACCAAGUCCCGUCAAGAUGCGCUCGGUCCGGACCCUACCUCUGAAAGAACGACGUUGUCCUUGAUCAGGAGGACGCUGGUGGCAGAUGGGAGCCAUGGAACAGACUCUAGGGCCUCGCCGACACCGAUUGAAGGGGUCCUACCUCCACUUACCAGUUCAAACGAGGUAGACGUGCAGUUGUACGCCAUCGUCGCCAUCGUCAUUAGAGACUUCGUCAAUUCAUGGUAUUCCAAGAUAACCCCGGACCGCGGGUUCGUGGACGAGGUCAUCCAGAUCAUCGCUCACUGCAGUCGGGCUCUUGAACAGAGAAUACGGCAGAUUGACAUCACGGAGUUGAUUUUGGACGAGGUGCCGGUCUUAAUUGAGAGGCAUAUUGUCGGUGAGCAUCAAAACACGAAAGAGAACGUCGUCCUCUGUGCUCUGCUGACUUGGACUUCCUUUUCACCAGCAUACCGGACGGCGACCACCGCCCAGGCCGCGCUGCAGUACGGAGAAAGCCCCCGACGAAUCUAUCACGCCUUGAACCCACAUCCAGCUCUCGACCCUUCUCUGACGCCCGACGACCGACGAAAUUACGAGUCUGCCUAUCGACAAAUACUCAUCCAGGGGGCAUUGGCCGUGCUCCUACCAACCGAAGACCUGGCAAGCGCAUGUCUCAGAACAUUGGUGAGCGACAUCAUCGCCGACCUCAUCCUGGGGCAGUCACUGGCGGACAAAGUAUGCGAGCCAUGGUUUUUGCACGGGACUGUCUCAAAGGUUGUGGAGAUCGUGACAUCGCCUACGACUCAUGCGUCUGCUGCCAAUGCCGUCGUCGACAAGAAAAUCCUUCACUCAGCAGGACGCCGCAGCCGACUGGAAAAGUUUGGCCUAUUAUCAUCAAAUACGGCGGAUCAAGAGGGUUAUUCGUCAGACCGUCACCAAUCAUCGCUUAGCGCGUGGUUUUGGAGACUUCUUCAGUACGCCUUCAUUGCGUAUCAGUCUCUGCGCUUUAUCCUCGUCGGCAUGGCUCACGCGCACCAUCUACCCCGGAGAAUCUGCCAGCACCAUGUCGACGUCUCCACUUCCUCCUCCUCCUCGUCCUUCUCCCACCUGAAGUUCCCCGUCUCGUCGACACGGCGCGUAUCGGGCACCGACAGUCGAUCCCCUCGUGCCGUGAUCAACUACAGGAUAUUUUCCUGCAUCUCUACCAUGCUCGAUUUGUCGGUCCGCAUGCCAUGGCUAGAGAGUUCAUUGGGUUUCUGGCAGCACAUUCUCAGCACGGGCCCGGGGCGAUAUGGUGCGCCGAACUCAACAUUGGAUAAAUUCCUCUAUCAUACAAUCUCGACUCGACUUUUCUCACCCUCUCUCCUUCCACCCUUACUCCUUCAAAUUCGAGCUCUCAUCUUUCCAAACAACGCACUCGGUCCAGCACCUCCAGCACCUCCGACUCCAGAAGAAGCUCUUCUUAUCCGCUCAAAAGCUGCCUCCGACAUCCUUUCCCUCAUACCCAAAAGUGUCGCCAGAAUAUUUUUUGCCAUUUCUGGCGAUAAUGAUGCGCAAGCAAACGAGGAGAUCAUAUCGGAAAUAGAGGAGGCAAUGCUAGGUUGGACAGACGAUGCAGAGUUGAAUCGAUACUUAAUCUAUGCCAUCCUGGAGCAUGUCCUGCUCAAGCUUGUUCCAGAGAUCAAGGACGAAACUACCAGUGAGCUUCUAGCGGAGAGGGGAGUGCUACUGUCCGGUAAUCAGGAUGGGGACGGGGCUCCGGCGGAAAAAGACCCGGAGAAAGAAUUGGGACCAGGAUGA